GUGUUUUUGCUGUAAUAUGGUCAUUAUAUCUGUGGCGAGUGGCACGUGUAAAACAAAUUUAUUUUAAAAGAAAACUUGUACAGUUGUAUAUAAAAUAUCGACAAAAGUAUAAUUAUUAAAUAAUUUUUAGUUUAAAUAAAUAAUAUAUACAAAAAUGGAAACAGAAUCAUUUUACGGUGUUGAAUUAAGCGAAAAGGAUCCUUUGGCCCAAUUCGAAGUUGCUGAAACUGACAAAGAUGUGCAGGAUCAAAAAUUAAUUAUUAAACAAAUAAGCCUGGGUGCUGAUGCCAAAAGCGGCGAAUUCAAUGUUGUACAGGCUGAAGUUAAGGGUUACGAAAAGGAAACUAUUAAAAUUCCUAUUGCUGUUUUGAAAGCUGGUGAAACCCGUACAUUGUGUCCCAACUUAGAAUUCCCUAGUGAUUCGGUUACCUUCAAACUUAUCCAAGGUACCGGUCCCGUAUACAUCUGUGGUCAACAUUUAGUUCACGAAAUGGUUGAAGAAGAAUGGCAUAACGAGGAUGAAGAUGAUGUUGAUGAGGAUGAUGAAGAUGAUGAACAACCACCACCACAACAAAACGGUAAAAAUAGCAAAAAGAAGUAAUCCUGCUCUCCUCAAAACAAAUCAAGAACACGAGCACAGAUUUUAUUUGUUUUUUUCUACGACUUGGACAAAAUUUCAUAUAUAAUGAAAAAUUUUUUUAGAUAAUUCAAAUAUCAACUGUGUUGGUGAACCUGAUUAAGGCCUUCUUCACUUCUUACACAAAAUUAAAACUGAACAUACCACCCUUUAUAAUUCACGUAGUUUUGAAAAAAUAUAUAUUUUAAAGAAGAAAUUUCUUAUUCCGCUUUAUUUUGAAUAUCAUUUUUCUUCUAAGUUUUUUUUUUUUUUGUAUACAGUUUGUAAGUCCCCUUUUAAGAAAAGUAAAAACAAAAUUCUUCCCAGAAAAAAAGAAUUGUAAUCACAAAAAUCUAAAUGUACACUUUAAGUUAAUAAGUAUGUAAUAUUAAAAAGAAAAUUACUUAAAAAAUAAAUGUAAUUAAAAAAACAA